AUGAAAGUUUGGGAGAGGGUGAUCGAGAUGAGGAUGAUGAGGGAUGUGUCAAUAUCCGAGAACCAUUUCAGAUUCAUGUUAGGGCGAUCUACUACAGAAACUUAUCUUAUCAGGAGAAUGGUGGAGCAGUAUAAGGACAAAAGAGAGACUUACACAUGGUGUUCAUUGAUCUGGAGAUGGCAUAUGACAGAGUCCCUCGAGAGGUCUAAAGGUGUGCAUGUGUCCUACAUCAAGGAAAUUGAUCUGGAGGAUGCUAAGACUCGGGAGGAGUGGUCGUGGUGUAUGUUAUUUGCAGACGACAUAGUUUUGAUUAACGAGACGCUUAGUGGAGUUAAAGAUAAGAUGGAUGUUUGGAGAACGACCUUAGAAUCUACAGGUUUCAGGUUAAGCAGGACUAAGACGGAGUACAUGGAGUGCAAGUUCAGUGAUGUGACGCAAGAGACAGAUGUGGAAGUGAAGAUCGAGGCACAAACUAUACCCAAAAGAGGAAGUUUCAAUUAUCUUGGGUCCAUAAUACAAGGGGACGGGGAGAUUGAUAAUGAUGCUGCACACCGUAUUAGCGCAGGGUGGAUGAAAUGGAGGCGUCCCUCAGGGGUUCUUUGCAAUAAAAAGGUAUCGCCUAGGCGGAAAGGAAUAAAGCAAUCCGAAGAUGAAGAAAUUUGGAGCAAAAUCGGACGAAAAGUGUUGAAGAAUAAAAGACAAAAUAAUAAGUAUGAAGCAAACCUUCAGGAAACUUUUGCCUGUGAUUCAACUUUUGCCUUCAGGCCUAACUUGCUCAAAGGUUAUGCAUUAGAGGGCAGAGCUGUAGACGAUCGUUUGGUUAAGUUUGAACAUUGGUUUGAAGCAUGUGGUCUGUGA